CUGAAUCAUAUGUUCAAGCUGCUGAACGUGCGGAAAUUGUUAAAGGGCAAAUUUUUAUUAUUGUAAAUAAUUCGACUGAAUCAAUGGGUGAUGUCUUGACUGCGGUUGCACGAGUUACUGAAUUUAAAGGAGAAAUAAAAUUUCGAGAACCCAUAACAGAUUUUGAGAUAGCAAUGACUAAUACUGGUAUUUUUACAAAUCGUAAAUCGCAAACAUUACUUGGAUGGUAUCAAAAAAAAUUAGGAUUUGUUGACGGAAUUGAAACUUGGUGGAAUAGUUUCAAAGGCUGGAAUGAAUUAUAA